CUUCUUUGGUGGAACCAAAACCCUUACAAUCAUUCGUCCAUUUAUCCUCCCUUCUGCCAUUUACAGCCGAAGAGCUUCUCACCGCGCGCCCAUUUGCGAAAUACACUUGUAUUUCAGUGAUUGCUGUAACCAAACUUGCUUAUCGGGAUAAAUAAACAACACUAACCUAUACUGUCUUUAGACAUUUUACACGCUGCUAUAAAGAAUAUUGUCAAGAUCCCGCGCUCCCAAGUCAUUCUGCAACGAAAUCUCCAGCGAACCCUCUUUAAACCCAUACGUGCCUUCUGACCCUUCUUCUAAUCGCGAGCGCGCAGAUUUUGAUUCUUUAUGAUUUAUUUUCAUAACAGACCUUUUCCCUCCCUUCCAUACGGCGGCGAAACCCAUCGAGUGUAAUCCGGCCGCUGUGAUUUCCCUCCCACCACCCGCUUCGUCCGCCGAGGCCAUGUCUAUGCUUGACGCGCCCUCCACCAGCAUGCCCGAUCUCCAACGCACCCAGACCGUAUCACAGCUGUCGAAAUAUGAUCGGAAAUCUAGAACAGCAGCUAAUUAUGGUCAACUACUAGAAAAGCCUGACCAGGAGCAUGAUCAUGAAGAGGAUGACCAGGAGGAGGAAGUUGAUGAGGUUGUCUUGGAGGAUAUGAAAAAGCUCGAAGACAACUUUCCAGGGAUUUCAGAUCGCUUCCGUUUGGUGAAUAGGAUUGGUGAAGGCACUUUCUCUACUGUAUACAAGGCCGAAGAUCUCCUAUACGACCACUACCGAAAUGAUUGGGAUGUAUUUCAAGAUACUCCGAGAGAUGAAUCGACAAAUUCGCCGUCAAAAGGUCGUCGAGUAGAAGACGAGAACGGGAAUACGAUACCCAUCAGGCGAACGAAACCACGAUAUGUUGCGCUGAAAAAGAUAUACGUCACAAGCAGCCCACUGCGCAUCCAGAAUGAACUGGAACUAUUACAUGAUCUCCGGGGAUGCCGAUCAGUUUGCCCUCUGAUAACUGCAUUCCGUCAUCACGAUCAAGUGGUCGCCGUUCUGCCCUUUUUCCCGCAUACAGACUUUCGACUUCAGUACCGAACGUUCAUGGUGGCUGAUAUGCGCCAUUACUUUCGAUCGUUGUUCACUGCAUUACACUCGGUUCAUAAGCACAAUAUACUGCACCGCGAUAUCAAGCCAACCAACUUUUUGUACAAUCCGGACUUACGGGAAGGCGUUUUGGUGGACUUCGGUUUAGCAGAGCGCGAAGGCUCCGAGUAUACAGGGACAUGUCUCUGCACAAGCACGAGCCAUAUACGUCGCGCGCGUUACACCCAGAGUUACCACUAUACCCACUGUGCCUCUUCCGGCCUCGCUAUAGGCUAUCCGAAAAGUGACUCUCGGCCGUCAAGGCGUGCCAAUCGUGCCGGGACGCGAGGGUUUCGUGCACCUGAGGUCCUGUUCAAGUGCACCUCGCAAACAACCAAAAUAGAUAUGUGGUCUGCCGGCGUGAUUCUACUAACAUUGCUUGGUCGUCGGUUUCCAUUCUUCAACUCAGCCGACGACGUCGACGCACUGAUAGAAAUGGCGAGCAUAUUCGGCACCCGCCGCAUGAAAAAUGCCGCUGCCAUGCACGGCCAGAUAUUUGAAACCAAUAUUCCGACCAUCGGAGAAAAAGGUUAUAGCUGGGAAAAGCUUGUGAAAUGGUCUAGCUGUGUAGAAGAGCUGACAGAGAGUGAGAAACAAGCUACCCGACUGUUAGCAGGAUUGAUGGAACUGGAUCCAUCCAAACGUCUAAAUGCUAAAGAGGCUAUGCAGCACGAAUUUUUUACUAACCCUAUCGAUCAUGAUGUUGAAUGGGGGGGGCCCGAAGACAGCGCAGAUAGCGGUAGGGAAGAUGAAGGCGACAAAGGUGGAGACGAUGAUGGAGACGACGAUGAAGUGGAUAUGGUAUAGAUCUCUUAAUGAUAAUGCAAAGCAAUGAUGUCUUA